GAGUCAGUUGAGGACUUGAUCAUGAGGCGGGGCUAUUAUGUUGAAUAAAGAGAGAGUAUACAAACAAUAGAGCAGCGAGGCGACGGGUCUUCAAGCAGACUGACAUUAAUGGCGAUGGCCUGGUGACCCGGAAGGAAUACGUCAUUCGAAAUGGAAACAUGACGGAAGAGGAGCUCGACAUCCUGUUCGGAGCUUUCGAUGUCGAUGGUGAUCGUAGCUUGUCUCAGGAUGAGUUCGUCCGACAUGGAUUCGUCUGGGUCGUCGCUCAAGAAUGCGAGUUUGAAGCAAUAAGAAGGUGUGAUGAUGAGUUUGUUUAUCUGAUCCGUGCUGCAGACCCUUCCAAUGGAGAAACCCAACAGGGCAGGCUAUGCAAAGCUUUCCAGACCUAUUUCGACUGCAUCGAACACGAGCAAGUAUCUUGCGACAUCACAUCCUACUCCCAGGCGGUAAUUGACCUCAUUGCUACCUACCGUACCGUCCAUUUCUGCCCCGAUCUCGACUUCGGAGGUCUGAUGUCGAUGACCACCGAUAAUGUCGACGGUGACGAGGACGGUGUCGAUAUGAUGAUUGGCGACGAGAAUGACGGCACUGAGAUGGAACAUUCAGAACUGCUUUCGUCUGUACAGGAUCAAGAUACUGAUGAGGAUGGCCAUGAUGUCGAAGGACAUCGGCUCAAAAGAUCGGCUCACUCAGAUCAUCGACAUCAUCAUCGCUCCAAUUUGCCUUGGUGGGGUAGGGGGCUGGGGUCGUUGUUCGGCAUAGGAAAAGACGAUGGAAGCUGUUCCACGGAGGCUCUGACGUCGUGCACGGAAUCGUUCAAUGACGAGCUACGAAGUUUCGAGACCAAAAUCGAUUUCUGCACAAGUCUGUCCGAUUACCGGCACUGUGUAUCAAGGCAGGCGAGGCGAUGCCAGGAUACUGAGCUACUGGAAGUCGAGAACGGCUUGCGACAAUGGUUGCAUCUUCAUCGUAAACUGGACUUAUGCUGAGAAAGAGAUUCCCGAUUCUUUAAUUCUGCACAGACGAAGCUUAUUUAAUAUUAAUUUAAAAUGCACGGCGCAUCUCUUAAGACAAAAUAUUAUCAAUGAAUAUUUGCAUGUUUGAUGUGAUUGAAAAUAAUAUAUAUAGACAUUAGACAACUGCAUCGAUCAUUAAAAUUAAGUUUUGGAAGAGAAUUCAUACACCAAGUAAUCAGAUGAUUUAACCAUAGCAAAGAAGCCAUGGGGGCAAGGGGUGACUACUCCCAAUUUAUCAAGUUGUGAAAAAAGGGAAAUUAGACAACGGGAAAAAAAAGAGGAAGCAAUAACAAGAAAAAAGGGGAGAAAGGUAAUAGGCCUCGGACUACAAUACAUACUUUAAGAGCAAAUUCUGACGUCACUCAUUUUGGUUGGACUUCCGCCGCUCCCUAUAAAAAAAUUCCCGGCACCCCCCCCCCCAACCCGAAUUCAAUCAACUGAUUUUCUAAAAUAAGACAUGAUAAUAUUUGCUGUCAACUGGACUUGAUGCGCUUAUUAAACUUGACUCUUAAAAUAAUCAUACAUUUUUUUUUGACAGCUUGACACUAUCAAGAACAAAAUACCAAUAAUUUUUAGGAAGCUUGUCUUGCAGGUAUAAAUAAUUUUAAUCAUAACGGAUAGCAUCAUCAUAAAAAAAAUAGAAAAAAAACAUUGUUGAACUUUGAUGAUAAUCAUUGUCUUCUUAAAAAAAUAUAAUUGUGAAGUUAUUUGUUUCUUUUUCUUGUGUGUCUCUUGGAUGAAUAUUAUCCUAUGCCGCAUAAAAUGCGUAUCUUAUUUUUAUUUCAUUUUGUACGUUGUAUAGUCAGUAUACAUAAUCAAUUGUGCUUUUAUCUUGUUUAUGAUAAAUUAUGACGCUUAAAAGACUAAUAAAAUUCGAAUCAUUGACUUACGAAUCUUAAUAGGUCAUAAUAGAGUGACAAUCCAUCGAAUUACGUGGAAUAUGAAGUAAAUGUUUGUUUUAAAAUAACUGUACUGUGAUCUUCAUUCAUUCGAAAAAAGAUUUUUGACCUAACUGAAUUGAUGUUUUAUUGAUUAUACAAUAAUUGUUUUGCAUGUUUUACUAUGAUUAUUGCAUUUGAUAAUAAUGAUGAUUUUAUAUGAACUUUUUUGUAUUUCAGGUGUUGUGAAUCAGAGUCACGAUAGCAUGAAAGUUGUACUAGUAAUUAAUGUAAAAGAAACUGGGGAAAGGGCUGUGAUCUGUAUAAUACAUCAGCAGGGGCGAAGCUUUUGGGAGCUAGGGUGACCGGAUUUCGGGUGAUAGAAAUAAAAGAAAAUCAACGUGGAAAGGGGAAGGGAAAGUGGAAGAAAACAUAAGAAAGCGUGAAGGGGGAUGGUGUAUAUAUUUUGCUCUACUUAUAAUACAUGAUAUACAUUCUAUAUGCAUACCCCAAAUGGGAAUAUCCUUCCUGACACGCCUGAAGGCAUUAGAAAAUGUAUCUCUUUGAGUCCUUAAAAUUCUUCUAAAACCUUGAUUUUCACUUUAAAAUUAUAACACACCACUAACCCCAUCCACUCUGAACACUCAUUUUGAUGAAUUAUUUAUAUACUAAUCAUAUAUCAUUAUGCAAUGCAGGGGCCGCGGAACGGAAAGUGGGGGGGGGGGGGGCUGACCAUGCAAAAAUCACAAUGAGAUGGUAAUUUUUACGUUUUUGUACACGGUUUUGGAGAAAAAAAAGUGGAGGGGGGAGGGGGCCUGAAGCCCACCCAGUCCCCCCCCCCUCGUUUCGCGACCCUUGCAAUGGAAGUGUGAUUAAGUAUACACUAUAGAUACAUCCAUGUUGAGCUACAUCAACCCAGGCAAAGGGAAUGAGGACUCGAUAUGAUUCCUUGAAUGCUUUUAUUUGCCCCCCCCCCUCACUUCCAGCGCCCCCGCCAGUACCCAAUCAAAGAGAUUGAUCCCUAUACGGGCUUGCUAUUUUAAAUAUUGGUUUCGAUCUUGAUAUAAAAAGAGAGUAACUUUACUUGUUUGUUAAUUUUUUUCUGACAAAACACGGUACGCAUUCGAAAAAAAUACCCCCAAAUAUAAUGAAACAAAAUCAAAAGGAUUUUACAAACCAAACUUAAUUUCUCAUUAAAUAAAAAGAAGAUACAUCGCCUUUGACUAAAGGGAUGGCAUACUUGCGCCCAAAGAAUCCGUGUACAAAUGAGAUAAAGAGUGAGAGGGGAUAUCGUGCUGAUUUUCUUGACAAUUUUUGUUUUCAAUGUAUGCUGUGAUAUGAAAUUAUCGGAAAAACACCCUUUAUCUUGUAUUACUGUAGUACAGGCGCAGAUCCAGAGUUGGACUGUAACGGGAAGGGUGGGAAGUGCCACAAAAAUUUGACAAGUAAAAAAAAAAGAAAAAUUCAUCGUUCAUUUGACGGGAUGCGGCACUAUUGCAUUCUACGUGCUGCACAAUGUAAAUUAUCCACUUUUACGGGGGUGUGCCUGCACCUUCCGCCCCACCCCCUGGAUCUGAGCCUGUAUGCAUUCUCAAAAACAUUGAAACUUAGUUUGUUUACUUUGAAGUGUUUAAAACACUAAUUUUAUGGAAAGAUUUCGAGCCAUUCUUUGUUAUUGACCGUUUAGGUAUGAAUUAAAAACUGCCGUUGAAAAUCUUUGUAAACAA